AGCAUCUCCAACCAGCCCUGCUCCUCUUGCAGAGUUUUCCUGACCCUUUGCCUCUGGUAGAGCUAGCUGCUUGUCCUAGCCCUGCAUCUUACCCCAGGGAAAGAGGAGUAACCUCUGUAGCACUGGCCCCUUCUCCAAGAAAACCUCAACAAAGCAGGUGUGGCUUAUGGCUUCUACCCCAGUGUACAUGGCUGAGAAGUUGGCUCCAUCUCGACUGACAUCUGUGGAUAUGUCCUUCUGGGAACUGUGUCAGUCACUAUGAGCAAGACCGGAGUGCCCUUAAAAGGAAGGAAUGGGAGCGACGAAAUCAAGAAGUCCAGCAAGAUGAAGAUCUCUUUGCUUCAGGUUUUAAUCUCUUUGGGGAACCCUAUAAGACAAACAAAGGUGAUGCCCUUGCAAACCGUGUCCAGAACACGCUGGGAAACUAUGAUGAAAUGAAGGACUUGUUAACCAACCAUUCCAACCAGAGCCACCUUGUAGGAAUCCCAAAGAAUUCGGUACCACAGACUCCCAUUGAUAAAAAUGAACAGAGCUUUUUUCCAGAACAAAGAAACAGGAUGAUCCCAUCUCACCAGAUCAGUGGUCACUCAUCAACAUCAAUGCCACCUCCUUCGUCCCUGUCAUCCAAUUCUGCCUUGCUACACAGUCACCAGAGCAGCAGGAAAUCCAGGACAGACUGGUCACGUGGUGGUCACAACUCUAAUGCUGCACAGCCAAGCCAAGCCAGUAGCCAACAGAGUAGGUCAAAGCAUAGCUCUUCACAUGACCAGCCUCAAAGCCGGUAUGAAGAACUCUACAACUGUCAGAGCGAGCAGCAUAAAAGUGGAGGAGCUGAAGAAGCAAACCCUGCCGCUUCAUCUUCACAUUCACGGAGGCAUAAUCAUUCCAAGUCAACAAGUAGUGAACACACUUAUAAAGAAAACAGUCAUUCAAAGUCACCAACAGAACUUGAAUUUGUAGCACAUGGUCCUGGAUCUCCACUUCCUUCUACAUCCUUGUUAUCUGCAACCAAUGGUCUUUCAACCCAGAAUUUCCCACCAGGACUGCACUGUAAAACUAGCAUGGUCCAACAAAAGCCCACGGCAUAUGUGAGACCUAUGGAUGGUCAGGACCAAGUACCGAAUGACUCGCCUGAACUUAAACCUCCGGUAGAAAUUGAGAGUGGAUAUGGAAACCAAUCAUUUGGAACGCUGUUGGAAGGAAAAGCUAAUGUACCCAGUUCUAAGAAUAAACUACCAAAGCUCCCUCAAGCUAGUGAAGUUGGCCUUCCCAAUGACUCCAGCUGUGUGGAAGAAAUAUUACGGGAGAUGACCCAUUCCUGGCCUCCUCCUCUAACUGCUAUUCACACACCUGGCAAGGCUGAGCAGACCAAGUUUUCCAUCCCAAGCAAGGUACAGGAUUCCCAGCAUCUGACCUCAGGAUACAAUGCACAAAAGUGGAAUGAUCCAACAGGAAAAGUGGCAACCAAAUCAGUGCCACAGAAGUCAAUGCUUGAAGAUGAUCUGAAACUCAGCAGUGACGAAGAUGACAAUGAACAGGCUGCCGAAAAGACAAAACCAAGGAACAUUCCUGUAAACGGGCUUCCUUUGCAGGCAGCGCACGGCGCGGGCUUGGCACAUUCCAGCGGGGGCUCCGGGAGCUCCAGUGAAUCCGAGAGCAGCUCCGAGUCGGACUCCGACAGCGAGAGCAGCUCCAGCGACAGCGAGUGUAACGAAGAGUCACGCAACGCGACUCCAGAGCCUGAGCCCCCCUCCACAAACAAAUGGCAGCUGGAUAAAUGGCUGAAUAAAGUGAAUCCCCAUAACAAGGCCAUCAUCAACAACCAAAACGAGACUCAUGGCGAUAACAGUUCUCAGUCGCAAAGCAACCAACAGGCGGAAGGGCAAAACAAAGGGAAGCUUAAUAGCCUGCCCCAGACUGAUUCCAAAGACCGGGCGAUCCUUAGUCCCAUCCGGGAGAAAGCCAAACCACGAGUUGCCCAGAAAACCCCAGAGGCAAAAAGCUCCAAGCAGAAGUCACCAGCUCAUAAUGAGCCAAUGUCACAAAGGACUACGGGGAAAAAGCAACCCAAAAAGGUAGAAAGGACUUCCAGUGUCGAAGAGUAUAACUGGCCCAAACCAAAUAAUACCAGCACCACUCCCAAAGAAAAAGAUACCCAGGAACCUGCAGAACAGCAGAAGGUUCGGACAAAAGCAUCCGUCGGAAAGACAGCUCCCCGAAAAGAACCGCGAACCAGCGCCGGACUCACUUCCGAGAAGAAAAAGUAUCGAGGCCCCAGCAAAAUUGUCCCGAAAUCUCGCGAAUUUAUUGAAACCGAUUCCUCUACUUCUGAUUCAAAUACAGACCAGGAAGAGAGUUUGCAGGCUAAAAUAUUACCUGCUUGCAGUGGGCCUGCCAAUGGCAUCAAAGUGAAAGACUCCGGGAGUAACAUCCUCAGUGUCAGCAGUUUAACUAGCAACGGCAGCAACACAUCAAUAGACCAGACGAGCAAUGAUUUAGAGGAGCAGCUGUUUUCACCUAUCCCGAUCGUGCAAAAUGAACUUCUGUCCCCACUGAGGGAAUAUGAAGAGCUCAAAUCCCUCUGGGUGAAAAUAGACCUUAGCUUAUUGUCUAGAAUACCUGGACAAGAGCCCUUUGAGACCACGGCAGUGAAAACCGAACCGAGAGAGGCAAAUGUGAAACACAGGCGACCAUCUCGAGAAUCCCCUACCCCGGCUGCAGUGGAAAAACCUUCUACGAAGUCCAAAAGGAAGCACAAGCAGUCUGAAAGCUCAGAUACGUAUGGAGAAAGCAAGAAGCAGCGCCUGGAGGAAACCCCAGCUUCCUGCCUACUUCCACCUUGUAUCUCUCCAAUACCCAACCACAGAUUAAGCAGCACUAAAGAGAGCAGCACUAACUCCGUUAAAAAGGCGGCUAAGAAAAGAGAAGAGAAGCUGUUCCCUCCUCCGCUCUCCCCGCUGUUGGAUGAGCCAGUACACAGGCGGCACAGCAGUGACAACUCCUUCAACCAAGAGAGUAACGUCACAAACUCCUUGCAGACCAGCAGCUCUUCCUCUUCUACGUCCAAACACAGAAAGAAUGAAAGCAAAUCCUCUGCUAACCCCAAAGGACUCUGUGAGGAAGAAUCACAUAAUAGACCAGCAACAAACACACUCCCAGACACCAGCCAUCUAGAAACAGACAUCUGGUGUGCAAUGCCUCCAUUGUCCAAUGGGAAUUCUGAGUCAAGAAGACCUAAAAUAACAUUUGAUGAUGCGCUUCACAAUGCAGACUAUUACAUGCAAGAGGCUAAGAAGCUAAAGCACAAAGCGGAUGCACUGUUGGAGAAGUUCGGUAAAGCAGUGAAUUAUGCUGAUGCUGCCCUCUCCUUCAUUGAGUGCGGGAAUGCUAUGGAGCGAGAUCCAUUAGAAGCUAAAUCUCCCUACACCAUGUACUCAGAGACUGUGGAACUCAUCAGGUAUGCAAUGAGACUUAAGAAUUUCACAGGUUCAUCUGCCACAGAAGGAGACAAGAAGUUGGCAGUUUUAUGCUACCGAUGCUUAUCACUUCUCUACUUGAGAAUGUUUAAACUAAAGAAGGACCACGCUAUGAAGUACUCCAGAUCUCUGAUGGAAUAUUUUAAGAACACUUCAAAAGCCUCGCAGGUCCCCUCCCCUUGGGGUGGCAACGGAAAGAGCACAGAAACUCCAUCUCCCAUGUCUCUCAGCCCAUCCCCAGCCAGUUCUGGUGGGAGCAGCACAGGCCCCGCUGGGUCGUCCUCAGCAGGAACCAUCACCAUCCCCCAGCGCAUCCACCAUAUGGCUGCCAGCCACGUCAACAUCACCAACAAUGUAUUGCGGAGUUACGAGCACUGGGACAUGGCCGACAAGCUGACUAAAGAGAACAAAGAAUUCUUUGUAGACCUGGACUCAGUGAUGGGACCGUUAACGCAGCACAGCAGUAUGACCAACCUGGUGCGUUAUGUUCGACAAGGACUUCACUGGCUCCGCACCGAGGCGCACUUGUUGUAGUGACUGCCGCGUGACUCAUAACAUCCCCAUCGUUCUACCUCUACCAGCGCACAGACGAUCACUGGUGGAACUCCACUCAUUUAUGGAACUUUAUUCAUGUAACUUCAUUUUUAUUGCCUUUUUUGAUAUCCUAUCUAUUGGAAGUAGAAGUCAUCAUAAAUGGAACUUAUGACUGAAGA